CGUGGGGUGAAAAAUGGUCCCUUAACUCAAUUGCUGCUCUGUGCACGAGACGCUCUUGCCGGAUACUGUACUGUGCUGUCCCUGCUAGUUUGCAAACUACGUUCGUUAUUUGUAUAUUAUCGAGUCUGGAAGCUUAAGGUUUUUUGUCUUUACUAGCUAACUAGCAGCACUAGCUAUACGCAUCAUUCUGUUUACACGCCAGCCAACGUUAGCUAACGUAACCCGUUAGCUUGCUGCCCGGUUAGCUAGUCAAAACAAUCACAAAGCCCAUUGUAACGUUGUGUAUGAAGCAAGUGCGUGUGUAGAGAUGUGGACAUCAAUACAGUUCGCUAGCUACCAUAAUUAAGUUAGUUUACCCUUUCCUUCGAUGAGGACUGAUCUGAUCCACCUAACAUUACCCCUCUGUGCCUGGAGAAGUUUCCGACAUGGCCAAUCCACACUUGGCUAAUCUGUCAUUUGCCUGGGAGAACUACAUGGACUGCAGACUGCAGGGCGCGGAUCUACAGGUCAGUCUACAGUGUCUGGAGAGCUUCCUGUGUAUGUUCCACUGUGUUGGUCACGUUCACCUCCGGAGGAACAAGGACACCCUGAAGUUCUGCUCGGACAUGAGUGGGGCCAGUAACACGCUGGCGAGGGAGUUCCUGACAGACGUUCACCAGCUGUGCAGCGCGGUGGCUCAGCGGGCGGAGUCUCAGAGGGCGGAGUCUCAGAGGGCGGAGUCUCAGAGGGCGGAGUCUCAGAGGGCGGAGUCACGCGAGGAGGACGAGGAGGAGAGCCACAUGGCGGCGCUGGGAGAGUACCUGGUUAGGGGGCGUGGCUUCCUGCUACUCAGCACACUGGACUCCAUCAUAGACCAGGAGCUGACCUGUCGAGAGGAGCUGCUGACUCUGCUGCUGUCUCUGCUGCCGCUGGUCUGGAAGAUCCCCGUCCAGGAGGAGAAAGCUCCAGAUUUCGCCCUGCCGUCCCUGCUGGAGGUGUUCCUGACCCGGGAGGUGAGGAGCGCCCCUCCCAGGGCAGGGCAAGACAAGACCGGCCCCGACGCCCCGGGCUCCUGGAGGAGAUCUCACGCCGAUGGAACCUGGAAGCUGCGGCGUUCUCGCAGAACUUCCCAACGCCACUCGGUGAAGGAGGCGCGGCGGUCCCAGCUGACCUCCUCAGACUCGGACGCGGCGCCUGAGGACGAGGCAAGCGCGGGCCGGGGGGGCGGGGCAAGGGCGAGGAGAGCUCACGGCACCACACUCCGUGUGAGCUGUCAGCACCACCGGUCACAAGCUCCCCCACCCCCCACCCCCGACGCCAUGACCGCCCCCUACCCCCACCCCAGCGCCCCCUACCCCCACCCCAGGGCCCCGGGCCCCCAGACCCUGGAUACGGAGACCCUAACAGACCCUGCCGCCAUGUCGAUCUUCAACCGCAUGGAGAACUCCCCCUUCGACCUCUGCCACGUGCUGCUGUCCCUGCUGGAGAAGGUGUGCAAGUUCGACAUGGGCAUCAACCACAACCCCGGGCUGGCCGUGAGCGUGGUGCCCACCCUCACCGAGAUCCUCACUGAGUUCGGGGACUGCUGCGGCCCCGGGGGGGGUGGGGGGGAGGACCUGGCCGGGGGCUGGGGGGAGGAGCCGGUAGCCCUGGUUCAGAGGAUGCUCCUCCGCACCAUCCUCCACCUCAUGUCUGUGGACGUGGGUCCCAGCGAGGCCCUGCCGGAGAGCCUCCGCCGCAGCCUGACCGAGCUGCUCCGCGCCACGCUGAAGAUCCGCAGCUGCCUGGACAGACAGGCCGACCCCUUCGCCCCGCGGCCCAAGAAGACCCUGGCGGAGGUCCAGGACGACUUCUCCUUCUCCCGCUACCGGCACCGGGCCCUGCUGCUGCCCGAGCUGCUGGAGGGGGUUCUGCAGCUGCUGCUGGGCUGCCUCCAGGCCUCUGCCCCCAACCCCUUCUUCUUCAGCCAGGCGCUGGAGCUUCUCCACGAGUUCGUGCAGCACCGCGGCCUGGAGCUGUUCGAGGCGGCCACGCUGCGCCUGGAGGGGCUGGUGAGGGCCCGGGACGUGGAGGUCGGGGGCGAGGCCACGGAGGUCGGGGGCGAAGCCGCCGAGAGGCUGAAGGGCCUCAUCGCCGGGGUCCUGAAGAUCGUCGGCGCCGUCAAGAAGGCCAAGUCGGAGCAGCUGCAUCAGUCAGUGUGCGCGCGGCGACGCCACCGGCGCUGUGAGUACUCUCACUUCCUGCAUCACCACCGGGACCUCUCCGGUCUGCCUGUCUCCGCCUUCAAGCAGGCCGCCCGCCGCAACCCGUUUGACGAGGAGGGCGAGGGCCUGGAGGGGGAGGCGGUGCGCUACCCGGAGCGCUGCUGCUGCGUGGCGGCCUGUUCCCACCAGUGUCUGCGUCUGCUGCAGCGGCUGUCCCCCAGCGGGCCGGCCGUGCUCCAGGUCCUGGCCGGGGUCCAGGCCACCGGCAUCUGCUGCUGCAUGGACCCACGCUCAGUGGUGGGGCCCCUGCUCCACGCCUUCCAGGCCCCGGGGCUGCGUAGCUACCAGGCCCACGUCCUCAGCGUGCUGAGCAGGCUGAUCCUGGAGCAGCUGGGAGGAGGCCAGCCCUCGGAGAAGGCCAGGCUAGCCUCCUGUAACAUCUGCACUCUGGACAGCAGCCAGCUGCCGGGCCUGGAGGAGACACUGCAGCAGGGGGAGCCCUCGCUGGCCUCCCUCAGCCUGUCCUACCGCUCCCAGGGCAUCCUGCCCAGUGGAGGGGGGGCGGAGGACAUCCUGUGGAGGUGGGACGCCCUGGAGGCCUACCAGGAGCUGGUGUUUGGAGAGGACCGGCAGCUGAGCCAGCAGAUCGCCGGGCACGUGUGCCACCUGACGCUGCGCGGGAACGCUGUGGUGCAGUGGCAGCUCUACACGCACAUCUUCAGCCCGGUGCUGCAGAGAGGGGUGGAGCUAGCACACCACGCCCAGCAGCUGGGGGUGUCCACGGUGUGCAGCCAGGUGUGCAGCUAUCAUACCCACUGCCUGCCUGUGGACGUGCUGCUGGUCUAUCUGCAGGCACUGCCAACCCUGAUCAAGUCAAGGGUGAUCCGAGACUUGUUCCUGAGCUGUAACGGCCUGAACCAGAUCACAGAGCUCAUCUACCUGGACCAGACUCGCUCCUGGGCGCUGAAGGUGUUUGAGACCCUGAUCCUGGGUGUGGGGCCCCAGCAGUCGGACCGAGCCCUCCAGGAGCUGGAGAAGGCCGAGGCCCAGGAGAGGGAGGCCGUACUGGGGCUGACGGAGGACCUGGGCUCCCGGGGGGCCGGAGAGGGCCCCCAGAGCCUGAGCAAGUUUUACGAGGGUCUGAAGGAGGCUUGCCCUCGCCGGAGGAGCGGGGCGGGGGCGGGGCGUAGCCGGGGCGAGGCCCACCUCAACACCAUCAACCUGUUCCUCUGUGUGGCCUUCCUGUGCGUCAGCAAAGAGGCCGACUCGGACCGUGACUCGGCCAACGACUCCGAGGACACGUCCGGGUACGACAGCACGGCCAGUGAGCCCCUGGGGGGCCGGAUGCCAUGCCUGGCCCCCGACAGCGUGGCCCUGCCCUCCAAGGAGCAGGUGCGGCGUGCUGCGGACGUGUGGGCGCUGUGCCGCGGGGUCUACCUGGCCAGCCCCGUGUUCCAGAGGCAGUUCUUCAGGCUGGGCGGGCUGGACGUGUGCUCCCGCCUAACCUCCAUGGUCAUCCAGAAGCUCACCUCCAAGACCAGGGACGGCAAGGCCAGGAAGAGGAGGGAGGGGAAGGGCAAGGUGAGCCCGUCUCACCUGGACUCGUCCACCCCCGUCUCUGCAGAGCCGGGCUCUGCAGGGCAGCAGGAGGAUUGUACCCUGGAGCAGGCUGAGGGUCUGGGCCCAGGCCCGGCCGAGGCCAGGGGAAGGGAUCCCUCCAGGAGGCUGGAGGAGGAGUGGCCUCUGCAGAGUAUCCGUCUCCUGGAAGCCCUGCUGGGCAUCUGUCUGCACAGCUCCAGCUCUACCCUCCUGAGGACCGAGCCUGAGCUCUCCUACCAGCUCCAGUCUGUGGAGGAGACACUGUGCGAGGUGAGAGAUCAGCUGUCCCGUUCCGGGGUCGUGACCUCUGACCUGGCCGUGCCCCUGUUCGACUCCCUGCUGAGGGUAGCCCUGGCGGAGGUGUCGUCCUGCCCCGGCCCCCCCGAGGAGAAGCCAGAUAGGAAGCUGCAGGUGGGGGUGCCGGUGGGGGUGCCGGCGGGGGAGCUGUCUGAGGAGGUGGAGGAGGGGCAGGGUGCCCGCCCUCUGGGGGAGGAGGAGGAGGAGGAGGAAGGCUACGACGCAGACAGCGAGAGUAACCCUGACGACCUGCUGGCCAAGCAGGGCGAAGGGCUGAAGGUGGAGGGCGUGGGGCUGGGGGAGUGUGGGCCGGGACCUCCGGAGGGGCCUGGGCGCGGGGUGCUGCUCUUCCCAGAGAUCUGCACCAUGGAGCUGCAGCUACUGGCCGCCGGCUCCCCUGAGCUGGGGGUGAUGAAGCACGUGUUCCACAGUCUCCUGGGAGCCGUCAGAGCCAACCCCCUCAACGCUGCUCUGCUCUACGACCAGGGAGGAGUUAAAACCAUCCUCACUGGCUUCCACACCAUCCUCACCCAAUCGGACUCCUCGUUUACAGACUGCCAGGCCCUGCUAGUUGAGCUGCUGGUUGCCAUGGUGAGCAAACGGAUCACAGCUGAAGAACUGGCGCUAUUGAUAUGUCUCUUCCUGGAGAAGACUCCUCCCACUGACGUCCUGCUAAAGGGGCUUCUGCAGAUCGUGGAGGCCAACGUGGACAUGGAGCCUCUGUACUUCCUGUCCUUUCCCAUGAUCCUCGGCAGCUCUGCGCCAGGGGGCUCGUCCCCCGGGGGGCGGCAGAACGGGGGUGCAGGGGGCAGAGGAGGGGGGCUGCUCUGGAGGGGCAAGCCAUCCCCGGGUCACCUGCUCUCCUCACCCUGGCAUGUUGCCCCCCUGCACCUGCCCCUGGUGGGGCAGAACUGCUGGCCUCACAUGGCCAGUGGCUUCAGCGCCUCUCUGUGGCUGAAGACGGCCACGCCUGGCGAACAGAAGGGAUCUGGAGAGAAGGAGGAGGGGAAGACCACGGCGGCCGAGCCCCAGCUGGGGGCCUCCCAGGCGGGGCAAAGAGUGGUGGAGGAGGGCCUGGUGCAUGUUUUGUCCAUGGGCUCCAAGGCCCUGAUGCUGCAAGUGUGGGCCAACCUGUCCUCUGGGUCUCUCACCUUCAGGAUGUGUGUCGACCCUAACGAUGAGAUGAAGGCUGGACUGCUGGCGCAGGCGGAGUCUGGGGCGGGCGUGGUCAGACCGGGGCCCUGGCAGCACCUGGGGAUCACAUACAGCCAACAGCCUGAAGGCAAGAAGAACAUCCACGGAAGCCUCGCUCUCUGGGUCUGCGGGGUCAGGCAGUGUGAGGUGGCUCUGGACUACACCCUGCCCAGGAAGGCCAGCCUGUCGUCCGACAGCAACAAGACCUUCUGCCUGCUGGGACACUGCCUCGCCUCGUCAGAGACGCCGUCCAGGCAGGGCGGAGCCUGGGACAUGGGCACUGUGCUGCUGUUCAACGGCUCCAGGAUGGGACCGGAGGAGGCGUACUACCUGUACGCCAGUGGGCCCGACCUCACCUCCAUCAUGCCCUGCAGGUACGGGCAGCAACAGGGGGUGUUCUCCAAGUACCUGACCCAGGAGGGGCUGAGGUGCGAGCAGGUGAGAGAGCUGCUGAUGAAGAACAAGGACGUGGACACGACCAGCCUCGUGGAGGGCCUGGCAGUGGUGUUUGCCCCCAGCAGCCCCAGGAGCUACACUAUCUACGAGCCGGUGAUCCGGAUGAAGGGCCAUGCCAGGGUGGUGGCGUCCCAGAGGCCCUUCAGCUGUAAGGAGGUGCAGAGCUCCUCUCUGGACCCCCAGAGCCUGCGAAGCCUACUGCCCUCCCAGCCCCAGGGCCUGCACAGCGUCCUGCACAAGAUCGGAGGCACCGGGAACUUUGUGUUCCUCUUCGCCCGGGCUGUAGAGCUGAGUGAUUGUGAGAGGACCCAGGCCCUGGCCCUCCAGGUACUGCUGUCCGUGGCUAAACUCAACCAGCACCGCAUCCACGAGAUGGACUGUUGCCACGGCUACGCCAUGAUCCACCAGGUCCUCAUCAAGUCCAAGUGCAUUGUGGGAUACCACAUGCUCAAGACCCUGCUGGACGGCUGCUGCAGCGCCCCCAUCCUGACCCUGGGGGAGGACGGACACUUCCGCCUGGACACCGAGUCCUGUGCUGUGGUGCAGGACACCAGGCUUCUGGCAGAACUGCUGCUGGACUGGAAGAUCUGGGCCACGGCUCAGGGAGGCGUGUGGGAGACCCUUCUGGCAGCUCUGGAGGUCCUCAUCAGGGUGCAUCACCCCCUGCAGGUGUUCAACAUCCGCCAGCUGCUCAACGCCCAGGUGGUGCAGCGCUUUCUGCUCACCUGCCAGGUGCUGCAGGAGAAUCGGGACGAGCACCUCACCUCCAUCCCACAGGAAGUGUGCAUGUCGUUCGUCAAAAUCAUCCAGGAAGUGCUGGGUUCUCCUCCAGACCUGGACCUGCUCAGGCUGGUCUACAACUUCCUGUUGGCCGUGCACCCGCCCACAAACACCUACGUGUGCCACACCCCCUCCAACUUCUACUUCUCCCUGCACAUUGAUGGUAAGCUGUACCACGAGAAGGUCCAGUCCAUCAUGUACCUGAGACACUCCAGUAGUGGAGGCAAGUCCACCAGCAGCUCCGUCAUGUCUCUCUCCACGAUGGUCUUCUCUGAGGCUGGCCCUGAAGGAGCAAUCCAGGGUCCCUCCCCUGAGCACCUGGGGGAGGACCGGUCCUUACGGCCCCCAAGCCUGGCUCCCUCCCCCUACUCCUCCCCUACCCUGUCCCCCCGGGGGGGGCGGGGGGGCGAGGGGGCGCUGGGCAGCACAGAGACCCUGAGGAGGAGCACUGGAGAUGACCCUCUGCUGAGCAGCUGUGAGUCAGCCAAGACCAUCUGUGACUCCCGGGAGGCUGGGGAGAGCAGGGGGGAGGCUGGGGAGGGCAGGGGGGAGGGCCAGGGGGAAGACCGAGGCCUGAACACGCCCCGCAUCAGCGUGGAGGAGGAGCGGGAGGAGGAGGCGGAGGUGGACAGCCUGGCUGAGGGCAGCUUGGCCGAGGGCAGCGUAGGUGGGCAGGAGGACCGCUUCGACUGGGCCAGCGACGAGGCCCCACGGAGGCCCGACAGCCUGAAGGGCAUCCAGUCCUUCCAGAGGAGCCAGAGUAACCUGGCCAGCCUGGGCCUAGCCUUCCCUGCCCAGAACGGCUCCCUGGCCGUGGGGCGCUGGCCCAGCCUGGGGGACCGCAGCAGCCUCCCCGAGGACUGGGAGAGCUACACCUACUCUCCCGGCUACGACCGGGCCCACAGCAAGGCCGACUCCAAUGACAGGAGUACAGAGGACUGCCUGGUGCUGGUGUGCUGCGGCCUGUACGACCUGCUGAGAGGAGUGCUGUUGCUGCUGCCUGACCUGAUGCUGGAGGAGGUGAUGGAUAAACUCAUCCAGCCUGAGGCCCUCAUCGUUUUGGUCAACCACUCCUCUCCCCUCAUCCAGCAGGGGGUGAUGAAGUUGCUGGAUGCCUACUUCAGCCGAGCCUUCAAGGAGCAGAAAGAGAAGUUCCUGAAGAACCACGGCUUCUCUCUGUUGGCCAACCAGCUAUACCUCCACCAGGGCAGCCAGGGCCUGCUGGAGUGCUUCCUGGAGAUGCUGUUCGGCCGCCCCGUGGGUCUGGAGGAGGACCUGGACCUGGAGGACAUGGAUGGCAUCUCUCCCUUCAGGAAGCGCUGCAUUAUCCCUGUGCUGGGCCUGAUAGAGAACUCGCUGUGUGAGAACGCCCUGGUGCACAACGUGCUGUGCAUGCUGCUGCAGCUCAUCAACGCCUGCCCCAAGCUGGCCGACGUCCUGCUGGACCACGGCCUGCUCUACGUGCUCUUCAACACGCUGUCCACCCUCAACGGCAUGGAGGCCGGGAUCCCCCUGCAUGACUACAGGCUGCUGGUGGGAGACAUCCAGCAGCUGCUGGUGGCCGUCACCAUCCACUCCUGCAGCUCCUCAGGGUCGCAGUACUUCCGCAUCAUCGAGGACCUGGUUACCCUGCUGGGGGUCAUGCAGACCAGCAAGAUGCCCCGCACCCAGGAGAUGGCCGUAGCACUGCAGUUCCGCGUCCUCCAAUCAGCCAUCGAGUUCAUCAAGACCACAGCCAAUCAGGAUCCCCAACCUCUGAGCAGCUCUGUGCUCCUGCCCCCCUCCCCCCACCACGCCCUCCACCCCAAACGCCGCAGCAUCGCAGGUUCCAUGGCCAUGAAAGACUCCAUAAUCCCCCGCCUCCCCAGACAGCACUACUGUUCGUACGGGCAGAUUCCCCUAGCCCACGCCUUCAGCUUCCUGUCUGAGGACAGCCCCCUCCCCUCCCCCUCCAGCAGCGCCUCCCUUCUGCUGUCCUCAGACCCAGGCCGGCGCAGGUUCUCCCUGGCCCAGUCCGACUCCCUGCUGACGAGGAUGCGCUCGGUGGCCAGUGAUGAGCUGGGCCACCUGAUGCAGCGCAGGAUGAGCCAGGAGAACCCCAUCAGAGCCAGCGAGACCGAGUUCAUCCAGCGCCUGCAGAGGCUGCUGGUCCUGGCCGUCAACAGACUCAUCUACAACAAUGUCAGCAAGGACUUCUGUGACCUGCUGACCUUCCACGACUCCCCCGACCAGCCGCCCCCCACUCCUGACCCCGGAGACCCCCCCCCCGGGGAGAACGGCUCCGCCCCGCCCUUCCCCCUCCCCCCCGCCAGCAUGAGGAGCUUCCAGAAGGAGAUCCUGAAGCUGAUGAUGGAGGCCAUCAAGAUCAGCCUGGGCAGCAGCGGGCGGGGCAGCGCUCCUCGCCAGCAGUGGCGCCGGGUCCUGUGGUCGUGCCGCGACACGUUCCGGGUCCAGAUUGGCCGUCUCCUGGUGCACGCCCUCAGCCCCACACGGCCGCUGGCAGACAGGAAGGAGGCGCUGGAGUUUGUUCUGGACCCCAGCCACCCGGAGAUCCUCAGAGAGAGCCUCAGCCCGGGGCUGGAGCACGGCCCCAAGCUGGCUCUGUUCCUGCACGAGAUGCUGCAUGAUCACAAGGACAGCCUGACCAAGGAGGAGCAGGGCCUGGCCGGAACCUUCAUGACCUCCCUCAAGCUGUGUGGCCAUCGCUGCAUCCCCCCCAGUGCCCCUCACAAGCCUGACCUGCUCAAGGCCAUCCGAGAGGAGAAAUACAAGUACGAAGGAGAGGAAAAAAACAGCAAAGCAGCUUGGGAAAAGAAGAUGGCCAACACUCAGAAAGGGCUCAUCCAGCGGCUGGACGGGAAGUCCAAGGACAUCUCCAAGAUCGCGGCGGACAUCACCCAGAACGUGUCCCUGCGGCAGGGCAUGGAGAGGAAGAAGGUCAUCCUGCACAUCCGGGGGCUCUACAAGAGCGACCUGAGUGCCAGGAGACACUGGCAGGAGCUGCUGCAGCAGCUCACACACGACCGGAUGGUGUGGUACGACCAGACCUCCUACCCAACGUCCUGGCAGCUCGACUCCACCGAGGGUCCAAACCGUGAGCGUCGACGCCUGCAGCGCUGCUACCUCACAAUCCCCAACAAGUACCUGCUCAAGGACCGCCGCAAACCUGACGAGCCUGUGAAACCUCCGCUGUCGUUCCUGUUUGAAGACAAGACUCACUCCUCCUUCUCCUCAACCGUGAAGGACAAGGCCACCAGCGAACCCAUCAGGUUCACCAGGCGGUGCAUCAGUGUGGCCCCCUCCAGAGAGACAGCAGGGGAACUCCUGCUGGGCAAGUCUGGGAUGUACUUUGUGGAGGACAAUGCUGCUGAUGCUCAAGACAGCCAGAGUAUCCAUGGUGAGACGGAGGCAGCAUCGUUCUCCUGGACGUACGAGGAGAUCAAGGAGGUCCACAAGCGCUGGUGGCAGCUGAGGGACAACGCCCUGGAGAUCUUCCUGACCAACGGACGCACACUGCUGCUGGCCUGUCACAACACCAAGUUCCGUGACGAUGUUUACCACAACAUCCUGAACUCUGACCUCCCCAACCUGCUGGAGUACGGCAACAUCACGGCCCUGACGCACCUGUGGGGCUCAGGACAGAUCUCCAACUUUGAGUACCUGACUCACCUGAACAAGCACGCUGGACGCUCCUUCAACGACCUCAUGCAGUACCCCGUGUUCCCUUUUAUCCUGCGGGACUACAUCAGCGAAACCUUGGACCUGCAGGACAGCGCCAUCUACAGAAAUCUAAACAAACCUAUCGCAGUGCAGUCCAAAGAGAAGGAGGAUCGCUACGUAGACAACUACAAGUACCUGGAAGAGGAGUACAGGAAGGGAGCCCGCGAGGAUGACCCCAUGCCCCCUGUUCAGCCCUACCACUACGGCUCUCACUACUCCAACAGCGGCACCGUGCUACACUUCCUGGUCCGCAUGCCCCCUUUCACCAAGAUGUUCCUGGCCUAUCAGGAUCAGAGCUUUGAUAUCCCUGACCGGACGUUCCACUCCAUGAACACCACGUGGAGGCUGUCGUCGUACGAGUCCAUGACCGACGUCAAGGAGCUCAUCCCUGAGUUCUUCUACCUCCCAGAGUUCCUGGUCAACAGAGAAGGGUUCGACUUCGGGGUGCGUCAGAACAGCGAGAGGGUCAACCAUGUGAACCUGCCCCCCUGGGCCCGGAACGACCCCCGGCUCUUUGUACUGAUCCACCGUCAGGCGCUGGAGUCGGAGCAGGUGUCCCAGACCCUGAGCCAGUGGAUCGACCUGGUGUUCGGCCUCAAGCAGAAGGGCAAGGCAGCCGUCCAGGCCAUUAACGUGUUCCACCCCGCUACGUACUUCGGCAUGGACGUGUCUGCAGUGGAGGACCCUGUGCAGCGCCGCGCCCUGGAGACCAUGAUCAAAACGUACGGCCAGACGCCCCGCCAGCUGUUCAGCACGGCCCACGCAGGCAGGGCCGCGCCCCGCCUCAGCAUGGACGGGGAGCUGCCAGCCGCUAUGGGCCUCCUGGUGCAGCUGGCCUUCAGAGAGACCAGGGAGCAGGCUAAGGAGAUCAUCUGCCCGAGCCCCUUGCCCUGGAUCAAGGGUCUGAAGUGGGGGGAGUACGUGGGCUCCCCCUGCGCCCCUGACCCUGUGGUGUGCUUCAGCCAGCCGCACGGAGAGCGCUUCGGCUCCCUGCUCGCCCUGCCCACCAGGGCUGUCUGCGGCCUGGCACGCAAGUUCUGCCUCAUGAUGAUCUACAGCAAGGAGCAAGGAGUGAGGAGCAUGCACAGCACAGACAUCCAGUGGUCAGCCAUCUUGAGUUGGGGCUACGCUGACAACAUGCUCCGUCUGAAGAGCAAACAGAGUGAACCUCCCCUCAGCUUUAUCCAGAGCUCCCCUCUGCACCAGGUGACCAGCUGUGCCUGGGUACCGGAUGGUUGUCAGCUGUUCACAGGCAGUAAGGGUGGAGUCAUCACCGCCUACGGCAACCGCUUCACCAGCACCACGCCCAGCGAGAUGGAGGUGGAGUCCCAGGUCCAGCUGUACGGCCACACGGGGGAGGUGACCAGCCUGUUUGUCUGCAAGCCCUACAGCCUCCUCAUCAGUGUCAGCAGAGACGGCACCUGCAUCCUCUGGGACCUUAACAGGUUGUGUUAUGUGCAGAGUCUAACGGGACACAAAAGCCCUGUGACAGCCGUGUCAGCCAGCGAGACGUCGGGGGAUAUCGCCACCGUGUGUGACUCAGUGGGCGGCGGCAGCGACCUGCGCCUGUGGACGGUGAACGGUGAUUUGAUUGGCCACGUCCACUGCAGAGAGAUCAUCUGCUCCGUGACUUUCUCCAAUCAGCCGGAGGGCGUGUCUGUCAACGUCAUAGCUGGAGGGCUCGAGAACGGAGUGGUCAGACUGUGGAGUACCUGGGACCUGAAGCCAGUGAGAGAGAUCACCUUCCCCAAGUCCAACAAGCCUAUAAUCAGCCUGACCUACUCAUGUGACGGCCACCACCUGUACACCGCCAACAGCGAGGGCACCGUGAUGGCGUGGUGCCGCAGGGACCAGCAGCGCAUGAAGCUGCCCAUGUUCUACUCCUUCCUCAGCAGCUACGCUGCCGGCUGAUGCAGGAGGGAGACACGCCCUGAUCUCUCCACCUCCUGAUCUCUCCUCCACCUCCUGAUCUCUUCUCCACCUCCUGAUCUCUCCACCACCUCCUGA